UUCUAAACAAAGAGGCAGGCUUGAGAUGAAGGACAAAGAUAAAAGCCGAGUUGGAGUUCUAAGCUCUCACUUGAUCCCCAUGGCUUCCUCAGAGAAGGACGCCGCCCUCGCCGCCGCCGCCUCCCCCGCUGCCGCCGACACCCCGACCAUAUUUGACAAGAUUAUAAAUAAGGAAAUUCCUUCCACUGUGGUUUAUGAGGAUGACAAGGUUCUUGCAUUUAGAGACAUAGAGCCUCAAGCUCCGACACAUAUCUUAAUCAUCCCUAAGGUUAAGGAUGGAUUGAGUGGGCUCUCAAAGGCAGAGGAGAGGCACAUUGAAAUACUCGGCUAUCUCCUGUACAUAGCUAAGGUUGUUGCUAAGCAGGAAGGGCUUGAUGAUGGGUUUAGAAUUGUGAUCAAUGAUGGGCCAAACGGAUGUCAAUCGGUUUAUCAUCUUCACAUUCAUCUUAUUGGUGGGCGACAGAUGAACUGGCCCCCAGGCUAAUAUGAAUCUUCUGGCUGUUAUCUUGAGUGGUAAGAUUCAUCCAAAGAUCUCUUUAAAUAAAUUGGACUGAUGCAAUCAGAUUGUGACUGCAUAAGAAUUAAACCUCUAUUUAAGGGAUGUACUUCUGAUCCUUGAAUUUCAGCUUUUCAUUGUGUUUGUUACUUUGUUGUACUUAGUUUGAAGUGACCCCUUUAUUGCUUGCUGGUGGACAUAUUUGGUUGAAGUUUAACUGGUAAGUUAUCAUAUGAUUGGUAACUAUUCUUAUUUCCAGUUUGUUAUUAAUGGAUGGCCAAGUUGGUUUGCUAUGUUA